CAAGUCUAUCCUUCUUGCCCCGCCCUUAUCCCCACUUCCACGUCUGAAAAGGGGUCAGCCAGCGUGCAUACAGCCACGAGACUCGGCUGCCGGCCGAACAUACUGCACUGUCAGCUUUUGUUGUAAACUGAUGUGAUGGAGCCCCCAUUGAGAAACCCACAACUAGCAAGUCAAGCUAAUUGCAUUUCUGUCUUAUAGAUGAGGAGACAGAUGGCUGUGCGGGACAUGCACACGUCACGGACACAAUGGUACUGUCAGAACUUAAUUGGGACCACCAAAUACCUUUUCCGAAGCUCACCCCCUCCGAAUCGAGGGUCCUCGUUUGCGUAGCAGCUCUCCUCUGUUUCAUGAAUAGUUAUGAUGGAGAGUUUGUGUUCGAUGAUUCCGAAGCUAUUAUCAACAACAAGGAUUUAAAACCAGAAACACCAUUGAAUAACAUCUGGAGAAAUGACUUCUGGGGUAGUAACUUAAGCAGCAACACCAGCCACAAAUCUUACCGGCCACUUACAGUGCUGACCUUCAGACUGAACUACCUCCUGGCUGGUGGACUGCACCCUGUUGGCUUCCAUGUGCUCAACAUUGCCCUUCACAGUGCUAUCUCUGUUUUAAUGAUUGAUGUGUUUGCAAUAUUGAUUGGUGGUUUGGUCUAUGAUGGAAAGGGGAAAAGACUCAACCAAGCGCCAAAGGCGUCCUUUCUGGCUGCUCUGUUCUUUGCCGUCCAUCCAGUUCACACAGAAAGCGUGGCAGGGAUUGUUGGCAGAGCGGACCUCCUGUGUGCCCUCUUCUUCCAGUUGUCUUUUCUCACAUACUGCAGAGCUUUUCAGGGAGGUAAUAAUAAAGAUGACAAAUUCUCUGUGUCAUGGGUUAUUGUAAGCAUUGUGCUGUGUGCUGUAGCCAUGCUCUGCAAAGAACAAGGCAUCACAGUUCUGGGAGUGAAUGCUGCCUUUGAUGUCUUGGCCAUCUGCAAUGUGAAUGUCUAUGAAUUGAGUCAGAGGGUUCUAUUCAAAGGAAAGUCUUUAGAUGUCAAUGAACUGUUCAAAAGGGGAUUCCUGACAAGAAUAUUCCUCCUCACUUUUGGAGGGGUCCUUCUUUUAUAUGCAAGGUGGAGGAUCAUGGGAACAGGCCCCCCUGCCUUCACUGAAGUGGAUAACCCAGCAUCAUUUGCAGAAAAUGUAUUUCUUCGAACUGUGAACUAUAAUUACUACUACUCCUUGAAUGCAUGGCUGCUACUGUGUCCCUGGUGGCUGUGUUUUGAUUGGUCAAUGGGCUGUGUACCUCUUAUUAAAUCAGUCGGUGACUGGAGAAUAAUCUCACUGUUGCUGCUGUGGAGCGGCCUGUUCGGCUUGGUAAGCCAAGCUUUGUGUUCACAGGACAGUUAUAAGAGAAGGAUUCUUACCUUUGGGCUGGUCCUGCUGGUGAUCCCCUUCCUCCCUGCGAGUAAUCUGUUCUUCCGUGUGGGAUUUGUGAUAGCAGAGCGGGUUCUAUACCUGUCCACUGCGGGCUACUGUCUGAUCCUCACCUAUGCUGUGGGCUGCUGCUGCUGCCUCUGGAGAAAGCACAAGAACCUUCUCCGUGCUGCAGUACUGGGUCUCCUGUGUGUGUAUGUGGCUCGCUGUGCACUUCGCAGCCACCAGUGGAGGUCUGAGCAGAGCCUCUUCACCAGCGCCCUGUCCGUCUGUCCCCUCAACGCCAAGGUUCAUUACAAUGUUGGCAAGAACUUGGCAGACAGGGGAAAUCAAAGCGCUGCAAUCAAAUACUACAGGGAAGCUGUGAGGUUAAAUCCAAAGUAUGUCCAUGCCAUGAACAACCUGGGAAACAUUUUAAAGGAGAGGAAUGAGCUGGCGGAGGCCGAAGAACUUCUUUCCAAAGCUGUUCAGAUCCAGCCUGAUUUUGCUGCUGCAUGGAUGAAUCUGGGCAUAGUGCAAAACAGCUUGCAAAAAUUUGGAGAUGCCGAACAGAGUUAUUGGAAUGCAAUCAAGUUCAGGAGAAAGUAUCCAGACUGCUACUACAACCUUGGACGACUAUAUGCGGACUUGAACCGACACGUGGAUGCCCUCAAUGCAUGGAAGAACGCCACCAUGCUCAAGCCCGACCACAGCCUGGCUUGGAACAACAUGGUCAUACUGCUCGACAACACAGGCAACCUGGCCCAAGCUGAGGUGAUUGGCAGAGAAGCCUUGAAACUGCUUCCUAAUGACCACACCAUCAUGUUCUCCCUAGCCAAUGUUCUGGGGAAACUACAGAAAUACAAGGAGUCUGAAGGAUUCUUCCUUAAUGCGCUGAAAAUUAACCCCAAUUCUGCCAGUUGUCAUGGGAAUCUAGCUGUUCUUUACCAUCGCUGGGGAAAACUUGACUUGGCUAAGAAACACUAUGAGCUCUCUUUAAAGCUGGACCCCAAUGCACCAGGGACCAAGGAGAACUACAACAUGCUAAGACGUAAACUGGAGCAGCAACAGAGGAAGACAACAGUCUGAAAAUUGCUGGUGCAGUCAUUGCUUGCUGAAUAUAUGUGAUCUUUAUAUUGUCAUUUACAUUCUUGAAAAAUAAACUUAAAG